AUGGUGAUGAAUUUUGCUUUCGUGGAUGGUAUCUACAGUGGCAGUUCCUUAAAUAUUCUUGGGCGGAAUGCCAUCUUUGAUGAUGUGAGAGAAAUGCCAGUGUUGUUGGAGGUAGCGGGGUUUUCCGGCUUGCUCGAGACUACGCAUUCGCAAAGGCAUUUUCAUUUAAUCAAAAGACAGGAGUUGCUGUCAUCGAAUACAAUGCAGAUUCGUAGUUGGGACUGGAUUGGGCAAACCCAGAAGUUGCAGAAGAAGUCUCCUGUUUUAGUGCAAUUAAGAAUUUCAUGGUGCUCUUGCCGUUAUUUCAUAUGGAAGGAUAAAAUUUCUAGACGGCACGUGCAUGUUGAACCAGCAGAUGGAGGGACUGGACUCCUUUCAAGGGGAACUACAACUGCAUCACCCCUGCCAUCAGUUCUUGGUUUCUCUUCUUGUAAGAACCUAGAAGCUACGGCAGUUUUGGUUGCAGGAGCCAACAAGAUAAAUAAAAAGAAAAAAGAGGAGAUCGAGCACUACGGGCAUACAAAAUUGAAUAAAAAAGAUCAGGAAACUGCUAAAAACUACUGCAUGUGGUUGUUGGCUUUUCCACUCAAGCGGCUAUAUACGAUUUUGAAAUUGUCAGUUAAAGGUCUUCUGCGCCGACUACGUGUCCGUGAUUCUGAGUGA